UAUGGUCUCUUUGAAAGUUUUGAACUGCCCUAACGACUUUCCUUCAUUUUCGUUAUUAAUUCUGAUCUCAAGAUAGGGUCUUAGUAGCUUUUUAUUUUCUUGCAUUUUUAAAUGUAACAUAUUAAUAAUCUAAAAAGUGUUGAAUUUGUUGUCUGGUUUACGGUUUUGAAAUGGAUGCUUUUACAAAAAUAGAGAAAAUUGGGGAAGGUACUUAUGGGGUUGUUUACAAAGGUAAACAUAAAAAAACAGGCCAGAUAGUUGCAAUGAAGAAAAUUAGGUUAGAAUCGGAAGAUGAAGGUGUACCUUCAACUGCAAUUAGAGAGAUCUCACUCCUUAAGGAACUUCGUCACCCAAAUAUUGUAACAUUAGAGGAUGUAUUAAUGGAGGAAUGCAGACUGUAUUUAAUUUUUGAGUUCCUUUCAAUGGAUUUAAAAAACUACCUAGAUAGUUUAGGAAAAGGAAAACUGAUGGACCCUAAACUAGUCAAAAGCUAUUUGCAUCAGAUAACCAAUGCAAUAUUAUUUUGUCACCAGAGAAGGGUGCUGCAUCGUGAUCUCAAACCUCAAAAUUUGCUCAUAACGAAAGAUGGAACAAUUAAGGUUGCUGAUUUUGGCUUGGGACGAGCAUUUGGUGUCCCAGUACGUGCUUACACUCAUGAAGUGGUCACACUAUGGUACAGGGCUCCUGAAGUCCUUUUGGGGUCGCAAAGGUACUCCUGUCCAAUUGAUAUCUGGUCUUUGGGAUGCAUUUUUGCUGAGAUGGCAACUAAAAGACCAUUGUUCCAAGGAGAUUCUGAAAUAGAUCAAUUAUUCAGAAUAUUCCGAGUUUUGAAGACUCCAACUGAAAAGUUGUGGCCUGGUGUUUCUCAGCUGCCAGAUUAUAAGGCAACCUUUCCAAAUUGGACCAAUUACAAUUUAGAGAGUCAAGUUAAAAAUCUGGAUGAAGCAGGACUCGACUUACUCAAGCAAAUGCUUACUUAUGACCCAGCAUUAAGGAUAUCUGCGAAAGACAUGGUAGGACACCAUUACUUUGAUAAAAUAGAAAAUGGUGUCAGACCAUUGUUUGAAGAGUGAUUUUAAUCAGGACAAAACAAAGAUCAAAUUUGUACAUUUUGAUUUGCAUUUAGGCCAAUUAAUGUGGUAUUGUUUAAUUUAAGCAGGGUAAGAGCCUUCCUUUUUUUUAUCUACCAAACAAAUUAAAACCUUAAAGUAAAUCUUAUUUUCGUGAUGAAAAGAAUCAGGUUGAAUCUUGAAUGUGAAAUGAAUAUUCCUAUAGCCAUAAUUUUACUAUUUGUAUUAAUUUUUUAAGGAAUCUUUUACCCUAUUUCAUUAACAACUUCAUUUAUUAAUUAGCCAGUUUGUUAUAAGAGUAUAGUUUUUGUAAUAAUAAUUUUUAUAUUAUCCUGUUGGAGUUGAACUGAAAAAAAUUAAUUAUUUUUUCCAAUCAUUACAUAUUUUUGUUUUGGUAAUUUGUAGUAAUAUGUCAUGAAACGAACUAUAGUAGAUAUUUUGCAGCUGUAUAUAAUUUGUCACUAAACCUUAAAAAGGGACUGUGUAAAGGGAAAUGAACAAUUUUCUUUUUAUAUUUAAGUUGUUUUAAAAUUUAAUUUUUGCAUGAAAUUUUUCAAUUUAAAA